GUAGCGCUGCGGCUCCGCUUGAAGCGGCUCCCCGGCUCAGACUACCCGCAGGAGGACCAGUGGGCGGACCGCUGAGAGGAAAGUUGACAGAACCAGCAGCAGGCAGCCCGCUGAGCUCCUCAGAACCAAAGCUCUCUGAAGGUAAACAGCCCUCCGACAGCCGGUGAGGGAAUAACGGCAGCGGGAAAACGGAGGACAAGGUGCGGACUGUGCGGCCACAGGUAGCCCCAGGUGUCUGGAGGGUCAUGCGGAUCUCUGAGCUGUGAACGGCCGCAGACGAAGAGAAGAAGCCGCCACCAGAGGGAGGACCGACGGAGGAGGAGAGCCAGCAUGUCCCGGAGAAAGCAGAGCAAACCCCGGCAGAUUAAGCGUUCCCUCGGUGAUCUGGACGGCGGAGAGGAAAACACGGCUGACACGCCGAGCCUAUCAGGUGAGGAGGGCGGAGCCUCUGAUCCAGAGGAUUCUGCUGAAGGUGACAGCUGCAGCCCCCCGUCAUACACGGGGCUCUACAACGAAGAGUCAAGGACGCAGGACUCUGGAGGAGGACCAGACAAUGAAGAUGGAGAAGGAGAGGAGCACGCUCCAACGCAGAGCGGCGGGGAGGAGGAAGAUGAAGGGGAUGAAGAGGAGGAAGUGUUACAGUGGAGAGGUCCAGAUGACCUGCAGCUGAGUGAUGAAGAGGGCGACAGCAGGGUGGUGGCGGUCAGAGCCCUCCAACCUGACACUGUCUGGGGCCCGUUCCCAGGUAUCUUCCAAUCAGAAGGCAGCACAGAGGAGCAAAACACAGAGAACUCGGGACUGACUCUGCUCUGUGAACAUGCAGACUGUUGGAUUAACCACCUUCCUCUGACCUCCGACACUUCAGCAGCAAACUGCAGCAUCUACAGCCGAGGUGAGGAGCUGUUCUGUAAGGUCACCAGAGAGAUCACGCCUGGAGAAAAGCUCGUAGCUUCUCUGUCACCUCCUCCACCCUCCUCUUCCUCCUCCUCCCUGCUGGCUCGGCUCUCUCCUCCGCUCAGCCUCGUUACGCAGAAACAGCCGGUGGUGAAGGAGGAGCCUCUGUACCCGGCGGCGCUGCGCUCCGAGAUCCAGCUGCUCCCUCAGCAGGCCGGCAUGGCGGCCAUCUUGGCGACCGCCGUGGUCAACAAGGACAUUUUCCCGUGCAAAGACUGUGGGAUCUGGUACCGCAGCGAGAGGAACCUGCAGGCCCAUCUUAUGUACUACUGCGCCAGCCGGCAGAAGCAGCCGGCUGCAGCUUCUUCGCCCCCGCAGGACAAGCCCAAGGAGUCGUACCCCAACGAGCGCAUCUGCCCAUUUCCACAGUGUAACAAAAGUUGUCCCAGCGCCAGCUCUCUGGAGAUCCACAUGCGCACACACAGUGGUGAGCGUCCAUUCGUCUGUCUCAUCUGCCUUUCAGCCUUCACCACCAAAGCGAACUGUGAGCGCCACCUUAAGGUCCACACGGACGGCUUGAACGGCGUCUGCCACGGCUGUGGCUUCGUCUCCACCACAAGAGACAUCCUGUACAGCCACCUGGUCACCUGCCACAUGGUGUGCCAGCCGGGAUCUCGCAGCGAGGUCUACUCUCCAGGACCAGGCCUUCCUAAGCUUCCCCUGUCCAUCGGUCUAAGUCCAGGAGACUCCGGGGUGGUGCUCAAGUGUCAGGUUUGUGGCCAUAACUCUGACUCCCCCGCCCAGCUGCAGCAGCACGUUCGAACCCACCUGGAGGUUAGGGUCCCGGCUGAAAGGAGCCCCACUCCUCGCCAGAGCACCCCGUCAUCAACUGAGCAGCCCCAGCUGUCCCCACAUGAGAGGGAACCCCUCGCUGGUAUUCCUAAACCGGACUCAUCCAGUCCAGGUGCAAACGGGGGAUCAGCAACGCCUCGAGACUUCAGUCCUCCAGAUGCUCAGACCUCAGAGCUGAAGAUCAAGGAGGAGCCGCAGUCAGAGUCCGAGCCGGAGGAGCAGCAGAUGGAGCUGAAAGAUGAUGGAGAGGAGGACGGUGUUUGUGGAGAGGACGGCGAUCAAGAAGCACAAAAAAAGACAAAGGAAGAACCGACUACAUCCUUUUCCUGCCAGACGUCGGACUCUCCAAAGAGUCCCGCUAAUCCAACCGUCAAGGCUGAACCAACCAGUCCCACUCCUGGUUCUAGUCCUGCCCAUGUUGGAGGAACAGGCUCAGCAAUUGCAGGAGGAGCAAUGUUCCUGCCCCAGUACAUGUUUAACCCUGAAGCAGCCAUUCUGCCCCAGGCAUCAGAGAUCCUGGCAAAGAUGUCAGAGAUGGUCCACAGUCGGCUGAAACAGGGUCAGACAGUUGUUCAGAACAACCCAGCUGCCUUCUUCGCCUCCGGACCUACUGCAACUGCUGCUGCAGCCACCACCACUCCACCUCAGAAAGGAGCCACUUGCUUUGAGUGUGACAUCACCUUCAAUAACAUCAACAACUACUAUGCACAUAAAAGGCUGUACUGCUCCAGCAGGCGCCAGGGAGAGGGUGCAAGCUCGGCCUCAGGCUCUGGGUUGUCAGUGUCUGCACCGGCGGCUUCCAGCUCGUCUCCCCAGGUUGGAUCAUCAAGCAGAGCCGCCUCUGUCUCUCCGACCAACUCCGAUCCUCCUGCAGGAGCCGGAGCGGUAGAAUCUAAGAGGCUGGUUGAGGUGAAGACAGAAGCUCCUGCAGGGAGAGAAGGACUGUCAUCCUCUUCAGAGGGGGAGGGUGGUGGAGGAGGAAGGGUAAGUGAAGGCAGUCAGAGUCCUGCCAGUGGUUCUGCAGAGGACCUGGAAGACGACCCUAACAAAACCUUCUGCGAGGCCUGCAACAUCCGCUUCAGCCGUCAUGACAACUACACUAUUCACAAACGGUUCUACUGUGCGUCUCGCCAUGACCCAUCCAACCAGCGGGCAAACCACAUGUCCAAGACCUCCAAUGCCACGGCCUUCCUUCCUCAGCCCAUACGCACACGCAAGAGGAAAAAGAUGUAUGAGAUCCACAUGGCUCGAACAGAGGCUUUAGCUAAUGCUGCUGCUGCUGCCUCCACCUCUGCAGCUUCUGCACCAUCUCCCUCUGUUCUGGGUUUGGUGGUGAAGCAGGAGGUCUCUCCCGGUGGUGCUGGCAGCUCCAGCCCCGAAGGAGACGGCCCCAUCGACCUGAGCAAGAGACCCCGCCUGAGAGAGACUCCACGGCACAGCAGUGGCGGUGGCGUUCUCCCAGCGCUUCCUCUAACUGAUUACCACAAGUGCACUGCCUGCAGCAUCAGCUUCAACAGCAUCGAGAACUACUUGGCCCAUAAAACCUACUACUGCCCUGCCACCACCCUCCAGCCCCACACCCUGGAGCAGCUUCAUAGGCUUAAGAGGUCAUCCUCCACUUCUCCUAAGAGCAGGCCCCAACAGGAGCGGCUGGAUCUUCUCCACCCUGCUGAGGGUAAAGCUCUGCCUGCAGAGUGGGUCACCCAGGCCCAGGGGGCGUCUCCAAGCCCUCGCCCCUCUGCCUUACCUGCCUCAGGAGCUGCAUCUCCUUCACAUAUGAGUUCCACACUCGCUGCCACCCCAGGAGCUGGAGCUAAAGGUGCAGUCACCGGUUCCACCCUUGUGGUCUGCCCUUAUUGUCCAAACCGGCCCAUCACCUGUGACCUGAUGGAGCACUUCAAGACCACCCAUGGCCUGGUCUUAACUAUUAAGCCUCCCUUGGAGAACUCGCCCCGGCCAGACAGAGCGGUGAGCCGGAGCCCGAGCCUCAGUCCCAGGGACGUAGCUGCUGGAGCAGCCACCCCCACCAACCAGGCCAAGCUGGUCUCACGGGUCCACAGAGACAGCAUUAAUGGACAGGCACGGAGUGGCACUGCUUCCCCUGUCUCUGCCCAGUUGAACGGAAGCCCAUCAGCUGGGGGAGGAUCGCCCUCUGUUGCCUCACCCCUGCCUGUGUCUCCCCCACGGGCCCCCUCUCUGACUGUGUCACCCGUGCCUGAGACUCUGCGGGAGAAGGUGACGCCCACCCACCUUCCUGAGAGUGCAGCUCCCACCACAGCGUCUAAUCCCAUCCUGGCCCCUGUUGCCGGCCCCAAAACCGUGGUGAUUUCUCCGGUCCAGAACGGUAACUCCCGCUUCUGCCGGCUGUGCAACAUCAAGUUCAGCAGCCUCUCCACGUUCAUAGCUCACAAGAAAUACUACUGCUCCUCCCACAGCGCCGAACAUGUGAAGUGAGCUGUGUAGCCCCUCCUCUUCCCCUUCCCGUGUCUUUCUGAGUGGACGAAACACAGAGAGGCUCCCCCUGCUGGAGGAAUCAACACGGAUGACUGUUACUCACCAUGCGGGGCCGACGUCUAUUAUCUGCAGGUGUUGUUACUAACUCACACAGUGAUUUUCCUCCAAUGGGUCAGUUUUCACACACUAAGAGCUGAGACAGAUACUCGCUGCACAUCAUCGCUCAGGAAGCUAUAAACAGCCUCCUCCACCUCAUCAAGGUUUUUAUUAGGCUCAAACCAGCGAUGCAAAGUCCUCUACUGAGCUCUUCACCUCUCCGACCCGAAGGAGGGACAUUUCAAACAGACUCAGCUGUUGUUAAUGUUUUUAUUCUCUGUGCAUAAUGUAUGAUGUCUGAAAAACAGAAAUCUAUGAUGCUUUGGUUUCAACACUGGCUCUUCUUUCUGGGUAGAACAAGCAGAGAUGUGAGAUCCCCGUGUUACUGAUUACUGAAGGAUGGAUGCUUUCCUUUCAUACACAGAAAAUAUUUUAUUUUCUCUUCGAAGAGCAAGGGAGAAAAGAAAUGUGAAAUAUUUAACUUUGAGUCCUCACUGAUUUCACGUCGACGAAAAACUACCUACCUGUUGUCUGAAAGUAUUUGUAUUUUUUAUUUGUAUAUUUUUUCAUACUGUUGGAGGGCCGCGUGUGACUUUUCUAAGUGUAGAUAUGUAAUAUCUUCUCACAGUAAUCACUGGGAUCACACUGAACUUUGUUAUUAACACGUUAGCAUUUUGUUAGUUGGUGGUGAGGUUUGUGUUCAUUUUUUGUCUCUGCUUGUUGCUGAUUAGAUGUUCGAUUAGAUCGCAGCGGCUCCCUCGUUU